GAGAGAUAGGGAGAACUAAGGUGGUGGAGUUGGGAUUCCUUCAACUAGAAGAAAAAAGGAAUUUGGUGAAUUAGGGAGACUCCGGUGAUGGCUUCACAAUUGAAUGAGGCAAUAUUUGCUGCUCGGAGGAGAAACGACGAUGAUGACACAACAAGAAGUAGUGUGUUCACAUAUACUAACAGCAACAACACAAGAGGUCCAUUUGAAGGUCCAAAUUACCACAUUGCCCCACGAUGGGUCUACAACCUCACUUCAAUCUGGAUGAUAUUUGUUGUUUUUGCUUCUGUGUUCACUAAUGGCUUGGUCAUUGUAGCCACUUUAAAAUUCAAGAAACUUCGACACCCUCUGAACUGGAUUCUUGUCAAUAUGGCUAUUGCAGAUCUUGGAGAGACAGUCAUUGCCAGUACCAUCAGUGUCUUCAACCAGAUAUUUGGUUACUUUAUUCUCGGGCACCCGAUGUGUGUUUUAGAAGGCUUCACUGUAUCAACCUGCGGUAUCACUGCUCUGUGGUCUCUGACGGUCAUUGCUUGGGAAAGAUGGUUUGUGGUCUGUAAACCUUUUGGAAACAUUAAAUUUGAUGAAAAGCUGGCAGCUACCGGUAUCAUUUUCUCUUGGGUUUGGUCUGCAGGCUGGUGUGCACCUCCAAUGUUCGGAUGGAGCAGGUUUUGGCCUCACGGCUUGAAGACAUCAUGUGGUCCAGAUGUAUUCAGUGGCAGCUCAGACCCUGGAGUUCAGUCAUACAUGCUUGUCCUUAUGAUUACAUGCUGCAUCAUCCCCUUGGCUAUCAUUAUCUUGUGUUAUUUGCAUGUAUGGUGGACCAUUCGGCAGGUUGCCCAGCAGCAGAAGGAAUCAGAAUCCACUCAGAAAGCUGAACGAGAAGUAUCCCGUAUGGUGGUAGUGAUGAUUGUCGCUUAUAUCUUCUGCUGGGGGCCCUACACUUUCUUUGCCUGUUUUGCUGCUUUCAGCCCAGGUUACAGCUUCCACCCGCUAGCAGCUGCAUUGCCUGCCUACUUUGCCAAGAGUGCCACCAUUUACAAUCCAAUUAUCUAUGUCUUUAUGAACAGACAGUUCCGAAACUGUAUCUAUCAAAUGUUUGGCAAAAAGGUCGAUGAUGGAUCAGAAGUGUCCUCUACUUCUAGAACAGAGGUGUCAUCUGUCUCCAACUCGUCCGUGUCCCCUGCAUAAAAUGAUCAUGUCUGUUAUAUUUUAUUCCUCUCUUUUUCUCUACUUUCCUUAUCUUUCCUUUUCUGCACAUUCUCAUUAUAUUCAUAUGCAGGGGCAGGUAAAUGCCUAAACCUGGCACAUACAACAAUAAACCCAGGUUUUGACCAUCCACUAAACGGAGUUCAAAUUGACAUUAUACUGAGACUGCACUUCUGUGCGUAAUUAAGAAAUGAAGUAUGGCAUUUUUGCUAGUAUAUAGUACUGAAUUUAAUAUAUUAAAGUGCACAACCGCCUAAUGAUUGGGCAGCCGGGCUGUCCCCAUUCUCAAUGUAGCUGUGUGAGACUAAUUAGUAACAUGAUUUGAGAUAAUAUGAACAGUAUUCCUUUGUAGGUCAUUUAUUUGCUACUAGGGAUGAGCCGAAUUUGACCUGAUUCGUUUCGGCAAAAAUUCGUUUCUGACGCCCAUUAAAGUCUAUGAGCGUCAAAAAAAAUUAGUUGUGUGGCGAUAUUUUUUUUGACGCACGUCGUUUUUUUUGUCGCACAACGCCAUACAAGUCUAUGGGCGUAAUUUUUGCGGCAAAACAAGGCGAAAAAAUUCGCCCAUCCCUAUUUGCAACAGACAAUUGGCUGCACUGAUACACAAGAAAUUGGGCAGCUCUGGCCAAGUAAAAAGAUGAAGAAAGCUCAGUAAAAGAGUUUUAACAGGCUGUGGACUACAUGAAAACAUUAAUUUUGGUAAGAUGUGAAGCAGGGUUGCUGGGUCUAAUUUUCAAAACCAGCCAAAGCCAGCUACUAAACCAAGCCCAAAACUAGCCAAGAGGCACUCCAAAAGUACCCCAAAAACAGCACAAUAUGUGCAGUGAAAAAAAUUUAAAAAAAUAAAUGAAUAUAUGUGCAAAUACGCCUUUUUCAAAUUUUCGCUUGAUUUUCCGCAAAGCAAAAUGGGACAGAUUCGCCCAUCACCAGGGGCGUAACUACAGAGGGGGGGCCCAUGAGAUAUAGCGCCCCAUAAGGCCUUAAUACAUGUACAAUUUUAAUAAAUAUUGGUAAGACAGGUCAACCUCUGGACAUUUUGAUUUUUGCCCGAAAAUUGUCUGAAAUUGAGGAAAGUCAAUGUAAAAUGCGUGAAUGCUUAAGAGUAACGGGAGAGUGGGGGACAGAGCCCAAAAUCUGGUAACUCCCAACUUCUACACAAUUCAGUCCCAUUGCAUGCUGGGUAUUGUAGUCUUACAAUAAACUUGGCAGUCAGCAAAUUGUUAAACAAAAACUACAUUACCCAACAUGCAUUGGGAGAGGCAGGCUUGGCACAUUAGGGCAAGAAAAAACUUUGGCUGGUUUCAAAGUACAAAGUUUGUACUUUCAAAACCCGCCUGGACUUUAAAUUAGUAGCCCAAUUUGGCUGGAAAACCGCCAACCUGGCAACCCUGGUGUGAAGCUCUGGUAUCUCUGAAAAGUUCCUUAGUCUUCAUAUACAGUUUGCAUUGACAAUAUGCAUGUGGCAACAGAUAGGGAAGCUUAGUAGUCCUCCUGCUGCAGCUGCAAAACUUUUCUAGCAAUAGAGAGUGUGAAAACGGAAGGUUGCCCUUUAUAUUCAGACAAUAUUGUAUAAAAAUACCACGUUUGAUGUACAAUGUUCAUAUUUACUGUAUAUCUGUUCUACCCAAGUCAUUGUAAAUUUAUCAUGAAAGUCUCUGUUUUAAUAAAGUUCCUCACUUGCUUUG